UGAAGAUUUCAGCUACCACUGAAAAGAAGGAUUGGGACCACAGUGAUUUUUGUAGAAAUGCAGUUCUUAAAGGAACAAUUCUCAUUUACAGGAUGAGAUACAAGAUCAUUUUUAGGGUGCAUUGAUGGUUGAAUUAUGAGAUAAAGCUGCUUCUUAGAAUGCAGAGUUGUUGCCCGAGAUGUUGAACCAAGCAGAACUUGGCUCAUGAGCAUGCAAAACCUUGGUUGAUCUUGAAUUGACAGGUAGUUAUUUAUAGCCCUUAAUAACAGGAAGUAAGUGACUAUUUUUACUAUUUUUACUAUUUAUGUAUCAAAUGCCACAGUGAUUCUUGUAGUAGAAAAUUUUGCAAAAAGAAAAAACAUAAAAACCAAACAAAACAACAAAAUAAAUAAAAGUAAUGGAUGAUGAAGCCAAGAAAUAGUGAAAGAGUUCAAUUUCCUCAUCACCCAAAUAGAGGAAAAAAGAAAAAAAAAGAGGAAAAAAAGGAAUGAAAACCUUUCCACACAACAACCGAAAUUUACCCAGGGUGCCUCUACCGCACAAAUCUAUUUUAUUUUGAUCGGGGUAGUGGUGGUGGUGGUGGAGGGGAGGCACGGGUGGGACAGAUGUUUCGUUGCCAUUAAGUAUCGUUGAGCAAAAUGGCGGACGCAACUGAUGCAGGGGAUAGCUGCUCGGCAUUUAUUCUUCUAACCCUUGUCAGACAUGGUGAAACUCCAGAAAACAAGGCAAACAUCAUUCAAGGGCAGACAGAUACUUUGCUCUCAGAUGAAGGUAUAAAACAAGCCCAACUUGCUGGAAACAAGUUAAAUGAUGAAGUUUUCUCUCACAUUUACUCAAGUGAUUUGAAAAGAGCUCGAAAGACUGCAGAGGAGAUUAUCAAUCAAAAUAAUUGCUGCUCUCAAAUGAAGAUUGUAGAGGAUUCUCGUCUGCGAGAGAGAGGUUAUGGUGUAGCAGAAGGAGUAUCCAACCAGAGGUUUAAACAAAUGGCAGCAGAGAACAAUAUGAAGACAAACAUAUUUACACCAAAGGGGGGAGAAACAGUUGCUGAACUCAAAGAAAGAGCAGCAAAGUUUUUGAACUCCAUAAUACAUGAAAUUGGAACUUCACACUGUAGUGACUCUAGCAGUUCCAUUCAGAAUGACAUUUGUGUCAAUGAUAGAAUCAUUGAUGAGCCACAGACCUCAAAAUGUGUCACACAAAAACAAGAAAAGAUGUCACAGCUAGCUAAUAUUCUGGCUGUUUCUCAUGGUGGACUCAUAAGGCAGCUUCUGCUCCACUGUAUGGAUGAUUUACCCUCAAAGUUUCCUCCAGGAUCCAAAAGGAGAAUUUCAUUUACUUCUCCAAACACUGGCCUAUCAAAGUUGAAAAUAUAUUUGAAAAAGGAAACAAAAUUACCAGAGUUUGUUGAGUGCUUUUAUUUAUACAAUGCAGAACAUCUUAGCUAAAAAAAAUUAAAUACAAAACAAGAAUUUCCCAAA